CUGUUUCCUCCCCCUCUCCCCCUCUCCCUGCCGCGCCGCGCCACGCCACGCACGGCACAGCUUGCUUUUGCUUGCUGUCUCGUCGAUUUGACUGUUUACCUUCCAAGUGACUUGGUUGGGGCGAUUUGACAAGACAUUUCGCAGCUGUGUUCCACGACCAGGUUUCCACAUCUGCUAUGAGUUCACCUAACAUUAAUCGAAGUGUGCUAUCAACUACCAGGGCUCCAAGGAAGGAAACAGGUAGUUCCGAAUUGAUGAACAAUCAGUUAUCACUUUUGGCUCGGUACAAAGUCGAACAUGCAGUUGAUCAGGCACGCUCACAGGUUUUAAAAGAAGCCCAUCAAAAACGUUUAAAAGUUUUACGCAAAGAACUUGACUACUUAAAAAAUUCCAAUUGGAUGUACCAGCCUGUUGACAAAUUUAUUGGUCAAUAGAACUUUUCUGCUCUGAAAUAGUCCAUUCGAAUCUGUUGUCUGUCAACAAAUUAAAAUGUGGGGGAUACUGUCAUCAAUUAUUAGUAAUGUUGUGGGGCGGAAGGCCUCUGAUGAAUUUUCUGAUGAAGAGGAUCUGGGAACUACAGAGACCGAUGCUUCACUUGAUCUAUUGAUUAACAAUGUUUAUUCUGAAGACGAAAAAAAAGCAAAGGUUGCUCCCAUUCCAGUUCCUUCUAAUGUGCUUUUAACCCGAACCUGCUGUGGAAAAGUUACAAGCCUAUUUCACAGUGAUGGUGUCAUUGAUGGUCAAUAUUUCUUUGAUAGAAAAAAUGCACCUGGAGAGGGUCUUGAUGUGGGAAGAACAGUUACUUAUCAUGCUGUUCGGAGCAGUGAAGAUAAUGCCUGGAAAGUUACAAGAAUCUUGCAUGUUCAUGAAGAACAGUGGACAGAGGAGGAAGAAGUUACAGAGAGCAUUGAUCCUGUUAUUGAAGAGCCUAAGCAGAGUGAAAUGGGUCUUAUGGGUAUGGCCAACAAACGCACAAUAGUUGGUAAAGUUGUGAAUGUUGCAAAUAGAGAUGUUAUUGUCAGGGACACCUUACAGCGCACAGACACUCACACCCCACAGUGCAGAGAAACCAUCUUCAGUUUGAAUAAAAUUUCAUCCGAAUUUGUGCCUCUGAGAGGGGAUAUUUUGAGUAUGGAUUGUUUUGUUGAGGUCUCAGAUGAGACUGUUGAUGGAAGUGGCCAGGUUGUGGAGGUGUUGUCAAUUAAACCUGCCCGUGCCAGAAUGGCUGAAGGGGUUGUGACAUAUUGGCAUAGGAAGAAUGGAAGGGGCAAUGUAAAUAAUGAAAUAUUUAUCAAGAGAGAGGUGUGUGAACCAGGCUACAUUCCCAAAGAAAAGGAUGAGGUGAAAAUGGAAAUCAUUGAAUGCGACAUGGAUAUAGAUGACAUGAGGUUUUCCUGGCGUGCCAUAUCUGUGUCUCCUGUGCACCUGAAUGAGCAGUAUGAAGAAAAAAUCAGAGAACCUCAGCGUGUCUUUCAUCGAAUUGACCCAGAACUACUUAAAAACAAGGGUUCCUUAGUUGUAAUGGAAAACACAAAUUUUGGAGCCCUUCCAUCAGAUGGGAAUUUUAAAAUAGAGAUCGUUGUAACAAAUGCUGGAGAAUCUCGAAAGUACAUCUCAAAAUAUUAUAUUGAUACUGAGCCAUCCAACCUCAAUUUGGUGUCGCCCAAAAAAGGAGGAAUAUUUAUCGAGCCCAAAGAAUCAGUUAUAUUUAGUUUUAUUUACAACCACAAAUUCUGUAGUUACUUUAAUGAAGUCUUUGUUAUUGAAAGUGGUGAUUUUUUAAUUGGUCGACUGAUUCAAUGGGAAGUUGUAAACAGAACAAUUUUAUCCAGCUCUGAAACAGCUUCCAAUGCGGUUGAUGAAAAUUGCUAUAAAAGAUCUCGGCAUGAGAUGGCCCUAAAUGUGCUGCAUCUGCAAGAGAAUCUAUCAAAGUUCGUACCACCUCCCAAACCAAGACGUACAGGAUUUCAGAAGAAAAACAUCCCAAAGUAUCAUUUACCGGAGUCAUUUGGGAAAAUUAUGGCAGCUGGAUGUGAUGGCAUGUUUGUUAAAAGAGAUGUUUCCAAGGCAUUGAAAGAGAAUUACCCAGAGCUGGGCCAGAAUCUUUCACCUGCAAAUCAUAAGAAAAAGUUUCAUAAUCUACUGUACAUUGCUGAAAUGGAUGCAAACUUUGAUAUGGAUCGUUAUUCGAAGAAUAGAGUCAGUUUCAUGCGCAGGGGUGCUGCCGGUGAAUAUCUGGCGCUGGAAGUGGCUGCACUGUCUGAGGGAAGACUGUCUCUGCUUCCUGGUGACACAGUUUUUGCCACAAAUAGUUACUCAAGUGCCGGUGCAAGCUUUAAGGGAAGAAUCACAAAAGUUUUGGCAAAAGAAGUUUGGAUUUUAUUUAACCGUGACUUUGUCAGUUUAUACAAUUCAGAAGACUAUGAUGUGGCUUUUUGUCCAAGUCGAGGCAGUUUUGCCAAAUGCCAUCAUGCAGUAGAAAUUUGUGAAAUUAACCAGGCAUACAUGUGGCUCUUUCCUAAGAGUGUCAGCUCUAAACCACCUCAGAUAGUGUUUGAGGAAGAUGACGAUUUAUUUUUAACUGGAAUUACCCUUGACUUGUCAAACAAUAAUGAGGAAUCGGCCAAAGAAAAAAAUUCUAAAAGUGGAAUGUGUAAUAAGAAACUUAAUUGGUUCAACAAAAGACUGAAUCACAGACAGAAAGAGGCUGUCCGAAACAUUCUACAGGGCGAAGCUAGGCCUUUGCCAUAUAUCAUUUUUGGACCUCCUGGCACGGGGAAAACAAUGACACUGGUUGAGACAAUUCUUCAGAUCUACUCUCUCAUGGCUGACAGCAGGAUAUUAAUAGCCACUCCCUCUAAUAGUGCUGCGAACCUUAUUGCGGAGAGGCUGUUGGACUCAAAACUUUUGCAGCCUGGAGAUUUAACGAGGCUUGUUGCACAUCACCUAGUUCUUGAGGGUAAAAUCCCUCCAAGGCUCCUUCCUUAUAGUGCAACAGUUGAAUUGGAUUCCUCAGAUGAUGAACCGAUCUUAACUGGAACCAAACGCUUAAACAAUGAUUUGAUCAUGCGGCACCGGGUUAUCAUUGGAACCUGUGUGGCCUUAGGGCAGAUGAUGAGCUUAAGCCUCUCUCGGGGCCACUUUACCCACAUUGUUGUGGAUGAAGCUGGUCAAGCCUCUGAACCAGAAAUCUUGAUUCCUCUUGGGUUCCUGGCACAUGAGACUGGACAGAUAGUCUUGGCAGGAGAUCCUCUUCAGCUUGGGCCGGUUGUGCCCUCAUCAUUGGCUGCAGACUUUGGUCUAAGCAAAUCUCUCUUAGCAAGGUUGAUUUCUCGGUUUCCCUACGUCAGGGACUCCUCAGGCUUUCCUGAUACUGGUGGUUAUGACCCAAGGCUUGUGACCCGCUUAUCCGUAAAUUAUAGAUCACUGCCUGAUAUUCUGGAAUUACCGAGUUCACUGUUUUAUGACUCUGAUUUAGAACCAUGGGUCCAGGAAGAUGAUAGUUAUGAAGCUAAGGUUAUGGUUAGGGCUACAACAGCUCUUAAUUUCCCAAACUCUGCUGUUGUUUUUCAAGGUAUCAAAGGUGACACUGUCAGAGAGCCAGACAAUCCGUCUUUCUGGAAUUUUCAAGAGUGCUUCCAAGUUGUUAUGCUUGUUCAAGAACUUCUUGCAGCUGACAUUAAGAGAGAGGACAUAGGUGUCAUCACUCCAUAUCAAAAGCAGGCGAUGAAAAUACGCUUUCAUUUGGAGAAGCUCGAUUCUUCGAAAUCGGUAGAUCCCAGUGAAACGCUUAAACUGAAAGUUGGAAGUGUAGAGGAGUUCCAGGGUCAGGAAAAGAUGGUUGUAAUUAUAUCAACAGUUAGAAGUGUGGGAUCUGAUCACAUUGACAGAAUUGGAAGAAAUUCUGUGAGACAACUUCUUGGAUUCGUCAACAGCCCGGAAAGGCUAAAUGUUGCCAUAUCCAGAGCAAGAGCCUUACUUGUAAUAUGUGGUGACCCUGAAGUAUUGUGUAUUGACCAUUAUUGGCGGAGUGUUGUUAAGUAUUGUGUAGAGAAGAAAUCUUACUUAGGCGUUGCACUACCUAAACAUUUUCUUGAGUAACAUUUCUCCUUUAUUUUAAGCAUGACUGGCUGUUUUUGGCCCUGAUAUUAUGAUAAGACUGUUGUCAUGUAGUUUUAAUUUUUAUCGUACCUCAAUCAAAUGAUAUAAUCACAAAUGAUAUAAUAAAUAUUUUUUUAGUAAGAAAUGAAAAAA